AUGUCUCCACCGACUCAUACUCAUUAUCGAAUAUAUAUCAGAAACCUAGAUUAUCUUACCACCGAAGAAGAUUUACAUACAUUAUUUGCAAAAUAUGAUCCGGUAAACAUUUUGGUCCCAAGUUAUACAGUCAAGUUUAGUAGAACUGGUAAACACAAACCUUUAGGAUUUGCCUAUGUUGAAUUUAAAUCUCCUACUCAAGUAGAAGAUGCUGUUAAAGAAUAUGAUGGAACUAUUUUUAACGGUAAAAAAUUAAUAGUUAAGGCAUAUUCACCAUAUACACCAAGUUAUAAACGAAUGACAUUUGCAAAAAGAUACUUAAAACGCAAUACCACUGAAUCCAAUAAAGGAUCUGGAGAUGAUGAUGACGAAGGUAAUGAAGAAGAAGAUGCAAGGGAAGUACCUGUUGCAUCACAAAAUAAACAAGAAAUUGAUGUUGCUUCUGAAACUAACAAUAACUCAACUUUUAAUUCCAAAGUAUCAAUUUAUAUCCCUAAAGCAAGAGGAGAAAUUACUGAAUCUAAAGUUCAAGAAUUUUUCAAAGAUUAUGAUCCAAGUAAUAUUCUUAUUUUAAAAAAGAAAUCUAAAAUCAAUCCAAUUAAUUUAACUGGGUCUCAUGUUAGUGUUUUGGCAACUGUUGAUACUUCAAAGAACAAAAUUAAUGAUAUUAUUCACACUUUAAAGAGUCAAAAACUUAAUGGUAGAAAAGUUGAUUUAAAACCUAUUGAUCAAAAUAAAAUUGAUGAAUUCAAGAGAGAAGCAGAAUUGGCUGCAAAAAAAGAAAAUCAAGAAAAGUUUAUCAUUGAAUCUGGUAAUGGAACUACCGAAGUAGAAUCAACUGAAUCUAAUGAUUUACCUGAUACCAAUGAAGCUAAUAUUUCACCAAGUUCAAAUUUUGAUAUUGCACCACCACCAAAUCCAACUCCGGAAAAUUUAACAAUGAGUUCAAAUUUUACUGAACCAAUUACUUCUUCUUAA